AUGAGUAGAGCUGAUGUCGUUACUGAAGAUUCAGCAAUGGCAACAGCUAAUACGGGAGAAAGAGAUCAUCUUCCAGACAUCAGCAGUUCCUUCAGGAAUUUAGCAUUUUGUUGUAUUGGCUGCUUUCAAAGAAGAACAGAGUCAAAUUCUGUGAAAAAGGUGACAAAAAAGAAAAGAAAUAAGAAAAUACCCCUGGCUGAUAAGGCUAGCAAGCAGGAGUGUCUUGAGACUGGACAAGACUACCACGAGCCUUUGCAUGAACGUGACCAUGGGGAUGCUUUGCUUUUACAUUUUAAGCCAUACAACAAGAAAGUCAAAGGCAAUUUAAAUGCUGUGCCUGUAGACAUAUGCCACAAUGAAGAAAAGCAGGAGCAAAAGCACCUACAUGCAGUUUUCCUAAAUAUGCAGUAUAAGAAAAAGAAAAUGAAGAAGAAACAGGACCACUUCAACAUGUUGUGCCCAAGCACAAGUCUUAUAAGCCCCAGGUCUGAGAGUGGACCUUACAAAGAAGAACAAAACUACCACCAUGCACAAAAUUGGGAGCAACUACCUACAAGACCUGUGCACCAUGGCACAUUGUCCCUAGGAGUAACCUUUGAAGAAGACCAGCAAGAAAAUGUGAUUUUUGAUGGUGCUCCUUACAAGGAAGAACAGGACUACCAAAGUGUACCAAACAAGGAGGAGCAAGAACCUAAGAGACACGUGAGGACUUCAUCCUUGGAAGUAACCUAUGAAAAGAAACAAAGCCAAAUGAGCUCUGAGUCUGAGGGUGCAUCGUACAAAGAGGACAACUAUGGAGGUGUACUGUACAAGAAGGAGCCACAGCCUAUGGGGCCAGAGUCUCAGAGUAUGUCAUCCCUGGCUAGAAACCUAGUGGAUGAAGAGCAGGUAAGGAAGGAAAAUACUAGGAGCCUAAGAAUAGUCCUUCCACAUUAUGAAGAGUGUAAGAAGAUGAGACAGCAUCACCAAACCAACUUGAUCCCAGUCGUUCUCUGUGAUGACAAGAAGCAGCAGCGGGAUACACAGAGUCAGCAGAAUAUUAUGCCCCAGAACGACAGGGACAGGGAACUGCAGGAUGGACGCAAUCCACACAAGUUCAUAUCCUCGUGUGUGCCCCAUGCGGAGGAAGAACAGCAGAAGAGACAAGAUCUCCUAAACACCACAGUCCCACGCGUGUCCCAAGACAAGGGGCAACAACAGGAGAGUCAAAAUCUCCCACCUAUGUUGCAUGAGAAAGAGGAGGAGACGAAACAAUUGGAAGUACAGGAACCCCUGAGCUCCGUAUCUCUGUUUGUGCCCUAUGAGGAAGAUGAGCAGGUCGAGGAAGGGGAGAAUCUCUUCACCUUCUUGUGUGAGUCUUAAGAGGAAACCAAGCAAAAGUGACAUAACCACCUUGGACGGACCUGGCCUGCGGAGAGCAGAAGACUCAGGAGGGACAGAAUCAUUCAUCUCUGUAUGAGAAGGUGGAAAAAAUAUGAAUUAUCUGGAAACCUUUUAAUUGAAAAGCACAAUU